AUGGGGAAGAAAAAAAUCCCAAUGGAUAAACAUAUUUUGAAAUAUCUUGAUCAUCCUUUAUAUGGUUCUAGAGUAAUUGAACUGAGACACUUAUAUGCUCCAGAACUAUAUGAUCGGAGAAUAGAACCCUAUCUAAGAGCUGCUGGCUUUUACAAUGUGUUUCAGAUUCGAAAAAUUUCAGGACAAACGGUCCUGAUAAAUGCCUUGAUAGAACGGUGGAAUCCAGUGACUCAUACGUUUCAUCUCCCUAUAGGUGAAUGUACUAUCACUUUAGAAGAUGUAGCUUUGAUAUUUGGGAUUCAAGGAACUGGGCUACUAGUUACAUGGCCAACCAACAGUAAUCACGGAUCCAUGGUGCAAGAAUGUCUGAUGAACUUUGGAGUUAUCCCAACAGCGAGUGAAUGCAGAGGUAGCUUUAUCAAACUAACAUGGUUGCGUAAUGUUAAGUAUGGAAUAAUUUUGAUUACUCAUGAGGCUAUGGAGCAUUAUACCAGGUGCCACAUUAUGUCGUUGUUUGGUACCACGUUAUUUGCUGACAAAUCCGGUGCAGGGAUGCAUUGGAAAUUUCUACCCUUGCUCCGUGAUAUUCCUAGAAUCAGGACAUAUAGUUGGGGAUCAGCUUGUCUUGCCCACUUGUGUAGGUCUCUGUGUUGGGCCACGCAAUAUGAUUACAAAGAUUUAGAUGGGCCUUUAGCACUGUUGCACGUAUGGGCUUGGGAACGGAUGCCUUUCCUUGCACCAAUUCGCCGUCCCCCGACUUUCCCGUUAGCUUGUUGGUGGAACGAGUGGGAUUCCCCUUCGAUAGAGUUUACGCGGUGGACACCUGCACAUUUUAGGCAGAUGCUUGAUAACAUUACAAAUGCUAAUUUUUUGUGGGACCAUGUGGGUAACGCUUCAUAA